CGCACACUCAAAGUUACUGUACAUGCCUGGGAUUAUUCACUCUAUUAUCACUUAUUUUGUGGAACAUAUUACAAUAGAUACAACAAAAGAUACUCCUUUAGUUGCUGCAAUUAUCUAAAGUGCUAUUAGCUAGCUAACGUCGCUGUAUUUCAAACAACACAUUUUUUUCCUGCAGUUUCCCGACACAGAGCUAAAGUACUUUGAGUUCCCUGUCAGAUGUUCUUCCUGUCAGAGGAUAAGGUGUUUUUUCUCUGCUGCUGUGAUCAGUUGUACAAUAGCUGCAUCAAUAACUGACGGUGUCUUCAUGACAAUGUUUGUCUUUUGACCUUUGUCAAAUGCCAUUAUACUGUACAGCAUAAUGCCCGGCCGCUCUUUCACCUUCAACAUUCUCUGUUCUAUUAAUUAAAUAAUUAAUUAAUUCACUCCUCUAUCAACAGAACUAAAUUGGAAAACUAAAUAGAAUGAAUCCAUUAACCCUCCAGGGAUAAGAAUUUUAAAUAAAUAUGUAAAUCAUGCAUUAAUCAUGGGUUAAAAACAAAGUCAAGCAUUCAAAAAGAUUCACCAUCCACCUCCAAAGUGUUUUAGUUUUGAAUUAUAUGAAACUGGAUUAAAAAAACAUUUAAAUCCAGGUUUUGUAAAAUGUUAAUUGUAAGCAAAAUACUUUAAUGGUAGUGAAUUCUUUCCAAUCAUAAGGCAAGAAAAUGUUUGGUGUUUUUUAACCACUAUUUGUGUUGUCAAAUGUUCUAUUCAAACUUUAAGCACUUUAAAGUAGGGAUAAAAUAGUUACCAGUAUGGCAAGUGAUGCAGUCCACAUCAAAAACUAGACAAAAUUAGGAUAUUUUAGAAAUCAACAAAGUAAAAACAGAAGUAACAGUCUUAUUCAGGUGAAAAAUGACGUUAAAAUAGAAUAACCAACGACUCUGUUUUUAUCUUGUUUGUACUCAGACUGAUGGAAGUGAGAGACAGAAGGCCAGUGCAGUAAAACCAGGAGAUAUGAAAUGAAGCAGCAAAUUAGAAUCUGACCUUGUUCAUUUAAUUAUUCACCUUAGACAUUUUCCUAGUGUGACAUGUCAACCUGCACAGUGUGAUUAAAACACAAACUCAUAAUAACAGCACGAAAUGAAACAGCAACGUCCGGCUGUGCAACAAAGGCGAGAGAAGAGAAAGGGGACUGACAAAACUCAAACCUGCUCCCAGUACAAAUAAUGACGUUUGUGUGGAUUCAUUUGUAAUGGAACUGAAUAAGUAUUGAUGGUUGGAUAAUUGAAAUUGUGUCAAAAAAUUAAAAAGUUAUAAAAGUAAUAUACUGUAUAUGUGACUGGUGAUACAUAUCCUGGCAAAAUGGGCACAUCUUUCACUUUUUUGCCUUCAUCUGGUUAUAUUUACCAACUGACUCUCAAAAUAUGUAAAAUUAAGAAUCUCAGCAACUGUGGCAGGAAUUCAGUCCAAUACUAAAAAUGGCCUGAAGAUGGCUGCGAUGGGUGCAAAAAAAGAUGAGGUUAUUUAACAGUGAUGAACGAAAAUAAAUCUUAAUGUUCACUAUAUUACAGCAUUAAAACACAAUUUGUUGCUAUGGUAAUAGAAUGUUUUCUUUUUUUUUUCUUAGUAAAUUAUGAAAAGUACAUAAAUGAUGGUAAAACAAAACAUGUAUCCCCUCUCCUCUCCUGCAGGGGGUGCACUAAAUACAUAUAAAAGUCCACAAUAAUGUAAUAUUUAAAAAAAUAUUUAAAUAAGAUUCACAGUGACUCAUCCACAGCUACCCUAUGAUUAAUGGCAUUUAAACUUUUACUUGUUCAAAACACCUGUUGACCUGCCAGGUUUUCACAGUAUAUGACAUAAUACAGUCAGGCAAGGCCUUCCAAAACUACUCACAAUAGUCUUAUAUUGAAAGAAAUUCACAACAUAACAAUUUCUGAAGCACCGUGUGACCCUCUCAACAUGGGCUCGCUGUUUGACAUUGGCAGCAGCCCAAUGUGAAAAAGUUACCACUUUACUACAGAGCAUUCACGGAAAUUUCCAUUUAAGGUGAUUUUCUUUGAACUUAUUUAAACUAAGCGAAACCAUUUUCUGAAUGGAUGCGAGUUUGCUUUUUUUUUCACUACUUUUUACUUCACCAAGGUCGCUGCAUUCUUUAACAAAUAUGUUAAAAUCAUCAGGGGUCAAAUGGACCAUCACUCCUAAUUUGAGGGUUCUUGGUCUCUUGUUAAUGUUUACGCAGGUUUGUCUUUACAACAGUAAUCAAUGCUUCUUCAAAGGGUUCACAGACAGGGUCGGGUUAACAUUAGACCACACUGUGCCUUUAGGGAAAUAAUCAUUAAAAACCACAGGCAGAAAAGAGGUCAUUCUGACACAAGAGGUAGAAGAAAACUAUUCAAGUUAAAAAAUAAUCAACAUAUAAUAAUUUAUUCUACAUUUAUAAUUUGGAAUCCAGUAAAUGUGUCUCCUGCAAUGUGUGUUUCAACCUAUUUAUCAUUCUAAUUUAAAUAUCACUCCAAUAAUCUGACACACUCUAAAGACCAUUAGAGCCGUGAAAAUAGUUUGAUUUGUGAAUAUAAUUUACAUCUUCUUAUGCAUUUGUGAUUCCAGAGUAAAUCAUCCUGCAGGAAUUAUUAUUCCUCAACGUGCGUGUUCACCAGGCCCCGGCACUGAGUUCAUUUUCCCACAGGAACAUGAUAGACACAUUCAUUACCACCCACAUCUAUCUGCAUAUGACUGUAAUGAAAACAGAACAAAUAAAAUUAAAUGCUGUCAUAUAUAAUAUCCACUUUGAAUGAAUUGCUGCUAGAGACGUCUGGGGUGAAAUGCUGUCUCUGGAGAAACUGUCUCUCAGAACCACGCAGCCUGAUUGAAGUGCAUUCUACUGUGCCAGCAAGAGUUUAAUGAAUCCCUCACAGGGGAAAUCCUACAAAUUAUUCCAUCAACAUAAUCAAUAACUCUACAGCCUCUAAGUGCAUGUAUGCCCUCCAUGUUGCAUGCAGCGAGGCAGACAGGUCAUUCAAAUCCACCACCGAGACCCAGACGGGAAUAAAUAAAGUCCAGCAGCCGUGUAUAAUGAAAUACAGCAUGCACUGACAUUUCAGCAGCAGGCACAUUGUUUGCUUAAGGCAAAAGCAGACAAGUGUGCGGUUUACGUAGGUUGUGGUGGAAAACCAAAUGGAUGAAUGGGUCUGGCCAGCAUUGUUCUUUUUUUAAAUAACCAUAAAAAUAUUUGACAUCUAGGAGUUGGUGCGAACACAUCCAGAAUGACGACAAGUUCCUCUUCUUUGGUAAUGUUCCUUAAAUAUGUUGCAUUUCCUGCAUACAGUAACUAUUACAUCAGCCGACUUCCUGCAAUUCUGUUUUGGUAUUUCUAUCUCACUGCAAUUCUACAGCUUUCCUGUCAAAAAAACAAACAACAGUUCCGUUGACAAAUGUGGUUAUGUCAAGUAAAAAUGACAAUUGGUACAGAAUAUAAAUCUCCCUCCACUGCAGACGGGGCCAAAGUUUAAAAAGUGAAUCUGCUGAAGCAGGGGCUCAAGGGUCCGUCAGGGAGGCACAUUCUGGCUGAGCAGAAAAAAAAACCAACCAUCUUCCGAUAUUAUUGCCCUUCCUGCUCCACACACCUCCACGUUGUUCCUGACUGUGACAGGAGCUUCCACUGACAGAUUUAAAUGACAGCAAAACAUUUAGAGAUGACAGGAAAAUUGAGGUAAAGGAUCUUAAACCUUGCUUUGAGAUCCAAAAAAUAAAUAAAUAAAAUUGUAUGCACAUACUGAAUAGCGAUUUAAAUUGUAAUCCUGUGCAAAAAUCUUGGUGGGAUUAACAUUUCUAGUCUUAUAAAUUAAGAGAUUAAUCCACAAAUAAUUGUAACUUAUUAACAUGUAUACACAGAAAUUAAUCAAAAUCGUUAAACAUGAAAUUAUGCUGUUAUGUAAUAUCAAUAAUAAGUCUUACGUUAAGGAAAUAAUUUUAAAAGAAAUACUAGACUUUUCCCAACACUAAAAAAAUUGAAAGAUGAUUUUGGUACAAGAGUAAAAUUAAUUGAAUAGAGUGAAGUAAAAAUAUGAAUAAAAAAAGUAACAAACUUCCUUUAAACAAAGGGUUUUUCCCACUCAAAUGUCCCAUUGAAAAGAUUCUCGAGUAUUUGUCGUGGGCUGGGAAACGCUCUUUAAUGAAUGGGAUGACACGGCUACUAUCGGAGUGUCCUGACAGAGGACAGCUGCAUCCUGAGAGGCUGUAGUAGAGGAUGUAGUGAAAGAUGUGUAGUGCGUACAUCUGCUCUGAAAGGAAUCUCCACUGCACCGUUCUUCACAGUGGCUGGCCACAGUCGGGGGGGGAGUGGCUCAAAAAGCCCAGUUAGCUAAUCAGAGAGGCCAUGGGCAGCUCAAACAAGUGGCCUGAUGAAAGGCGAGCACAUGCAGUCUGACACACUAACCCAUGAGAAUAAAACACUACCUCUGAUUCCUGAUGGCUCUUAUUCCUGCUACAACAGGGAGACAACACAACACCUCUGCACAACAUUAAGAGCACUGUUCCUGGAUGCUGCUGGGAGAGGAUGCUCAAUCUCUGAGGGGACUUUUAGACUAACUUGGAAACCUAAGGAGACACAAUUUGAAAAUACUUUUCUUUUUUUAUUUAAUUUGAUUUAUACAUUUCUAAAUGAGGAUGGUGAAAGUAGAACUUUUAGUUUUAGCUUUCUCUCUUGCCCUGUGGACUGGACACAGUUCAGGUGCUAAGAUGCAGUACCAGAUCCAGAAUGGUCCGUGCAGCUACACCUUCCUGCUGCCUGAGCAGGACAACUGCCAAAGUCAGAGCAGCGGCUACAACUACCCCGUACAGAGAGAUGGACCCGUGGACCAGGAUGAGUCAACGCAGAGGUUGGAACAACUGGAGAUCAUUAUGGAGAACAACACACAGUGGCUGCUCAAGCUACAGACCUACAUACAGGACAGCAUGAAGCAGGAUAUGGUCCAGCUCCAGCAGACAGCUGUACACAACCACACAGCAACAAUGAUUGAAAUUGGCACAAACCUGCUGAGUCAAACUGCCGAGCAAACAAGGAAACUGACCAACGUCGAAGCACAGGUAAUUAAUCACACAACCAGACUGGAACGGCAGCUUCUGGAGAAUUCCCUUUCAACCACCAAGUUGGAAAAACAACUUAUCGUCCAAUCAAAUGAAAUUAACAAGCUGAGUGACAAAAACAGCUUCUUGGAGAAAAAGGUGGAGGAGAUAGAGAAGCAUCGACAGGGGGAGCUGAUGGUGUUUAAAGAGGAGAAGGAGCAGCUCCAGACUCUGAUACGGAAGCAGACGGCUAUCAUAUGCGAGUUGGAGCAGCAGCUGCUCAAGGUCUCCUCCAACAAUAGUGUCCUACAGCGUCAGCAGCAAAAACUACUGGACACCGUCAACAGCCUCAUUGAGAGCAUCUCUGGUGGCGCAGCUCCCAUGACCAAAUCAGCCAUGAUGCAGGACAAUCCCACCACCUUCAUGGACUGUGCUGCUGUCUACAAGUCAGGAAACACCCAAAGUGGAGUCUACACACUCACACUGCCCAACACUACAGUGGAAGUCAAGGCUUUCUGUGACAUGGAGACAGAAGGAGGAGGCUGGACAGUUCUACAAAAACGCUUUGACGGUCAUGUUGACUUUCACCGUACGUGGCAAGAGUAUAAAAAGGGAUUUGGAGAACCUUCUGGUGAAUUCUGGUUGGGAAAUGAAUUUAUCUCCAGACUCUCGCGACAAAAGUCCUAUAAACUGAGAAUCCAGCUCAGUGACUGGGAUGGAAACUCUGGCUUUUCACAGUAUGACCAGUUUUCAGUAGAAGAUGAAGCACAGAAUUACAGGAUACACCUUAAAGGCUACAGUGGAACAGCAGGCAAAACAAGCAGCAUCGGGCAGCCAGGAAGUGAUUUUAGCACAAAGGAUGCAGACAAUGACAAGUGUGUUUGCAAAUGCUCGCAACUGUCAAGUGGAGGUUGGUGGUUUGAUGCCUGUGGUCCCUCAAAUUUGAAUGGAAUGUAUUACCAGCGAGGCCAAAACUCAAAUCGCUUCAACGGAAUCAAAUGGUACUACUGGAAAGGCUCAGGCUACUCCCUCAAGUCCACUACGAUGAUGAUGAGACCAGCAGACUUCAAGCGUUCUCUGUAACAACCGUCAGGAAACUGACAAAAGCUUAAAAGCAAAACAACUUCAAUGACCCAAAGCACAACAUUAUACCACACAUGUCAAUACAUACUCAAAAGGGUUUGAAUGGGUUUUUCAAAACAAUUAUUUUUAAAGUAACAUUAACAUAUACUGAUGAUACCAAGCUGUUGGAAGUACCUUGAUUUAACAAGUGACAAGUGAUUUCUCAUCAGGAGAGACUAAAGAAAAAAAUAUAUGUAUGUAGUAUUGGACCAUCCUUGUUAUUUAUUGCAAUAAAUCACAGCAGUAAAUGUAAUUAUUCAGAAAGGAGACUAUGGUACAGCAUGGAGAGAAAGAACUGCUCAAAAGUAAAACUUAAUGACAAAAUGUAAAUGUCAAUGUAAAAAGGCCACAAAAUUGUUACUAUUUUUUUUCUCCAGAGAGUAUAAUGUAUGUAAAUGUGUUGUUUAAUUUAUAAGUAGAUUUUGAGAUUAAUAUUUAACAUUAUCAUUGUUCUGAUGGGCAGACAGUGGAUGUAUUUUUGCGCUUUUCUGUUUUUAGGAUUUUUAUUCAUGCUUGCAUCAUUUAUCCAAAUGUCCUUGAGUGCGAGUGUGUAUUUCUUUUUUCUUUCUUUUUUUUUUUACAAUACAGAGUUUGUGUACUGACUGUUACUAGAACAUUACGUGGACACACAGAUCAACAUUGGGAUUAUUAGGUGUACAGUCAGUUUCAUUCUGCAGAAUAAAAAGAAAUUCACAGUUAAUGUUAAUUGUCUAUUUUUAUAACUUGUUUUUCCUGGAUGUAUUCAGACGAGAGAAGAAUGGAAAACCACAAUGAGAUCAAAUAUUAUCUGGUUCAACAGAAGCCAUUACACAGCCAAGGACACAGAUAGACACAUGUCCGCAGUAGGACAGUAGUCUGUUCUUUGCUGCGUUAGAAAAGGAUGAUGACUCAUGAACGAAGAGAUGGGGAAGAAGCAUUUAAAUUUACAUUUAAGUUCCAUAUAUUUUAGUUCAGAGAAAACUGGCAGACAGAAAACUGAAUGACUUUUCUGUUCUUAGUAAAAGUUAAUCUUUGUCAGAAUGCAAUAAGGAUGAUAAUGAUUUACUGCAAGUCAGCUAAAGACCAUAGAUAAUACACCUCGGAGGAAAAAAAUCAAAAAUUCAGCAGAAAAAAACAAGGCUGAAUUUAGU